AUGACGGCCUCUUCGCCUUUGCCCCCCGGCGUAAGCCCACCUCUCUCAACAGAUAAUCCCAACAACCAUAGCGGAUUGAUCGUAGUGAUCACCUCAUUCUAUAUCCUUCUGAUUAUUGUUGUGUUGGUUGCACGAAUAUCCGUUUCGUUCCAUAGGCGGUUGAUGCAACAUAAUAACCUUUUAUUCGGCUUUCUCAUAGUUGUGGCAACCAUUCAAGCAGCGAUAGUGUUGACGCAGGUUCACCAUGGCUGGGGUAUCCGGACAAAACCUGGCGAAUCCACCAACGAUCGAAUGCUCAAAACCGGAUACGCCGCCGAAAUCCUUUCGAUAAUUGUUUUGGGCUGCUCCAAGAUAUCGACUUGCUUAUUCUACGAGACUCUCUUCUCACAGAUACAGAAGGUGUUUAUCCGUGCAAAUUUGGUUGGAAUGGUUGCUUGGACGGUUCUCUCCGUGAUACUACUAGCAGUCCGCUGUAGCCAUAACCCAUGGGUUGAUAUCAGCGCCGCUCAAUGUAGCAGUUUGUUACCCCGAUGGCAAGCAAUUACAGGUAUUGACAUCGCCACUGAGUUCUCCCUUUUUGUGUAUACCGCAAUAGCAGUACACAACAUUCAGAUAUCAACAAGGAAAAAGCUGGUGGUAUUCCUAGCUCUCGAGACCCGAGUACUUCUCAUCCCCCUCGCUGGUCUCCGCCUAUACUAUACAAAAAUGCAAAUCACCUCGGAUGACCCAAUCCUCGUCGGCGCCUUCGCGACCGUAGUAGCGGAAAUCUACCUUGCGAUAAGUGUGUUAUGUGUUGUGAGCGCAUUCUUCAAAUCUUUCAUCGCAGUCUACGAGGAUAGCAACGGGAUCUCCUACACAAAUGGGACUUCUUUAUCACAAUCAAAAUCGAGGAGACUAGACUCGAGGAAUACCAUUACGCACAAGGACAAUAAUGAUAAUUCUACAGGUGUUCUGCGCGGCUGGGAACGAGAGGAGGAUCCCAUUAUCGCUUCCACUGAUGCGAAGAGUGGUUUGAAGAUUUAUACAUCGGUGCACUUCAGUGUUAGGGAUGAGAACAUCGAGUUAGCAGAUCAUGGAAGUGCGGAAAGGCGCGAUGGUGGAUUUUAA